AUGCCUGCAGCGGCACCCUCGCUUAUGACUACGCCCAUGCAUCAGGGCACUGUCGACCUCGAUGAUCUCGAAGUCGAAGACACAGACACUGAGGACGAGCGUAAGGAUACGAGGGAUUCGAGCACAAGCACUCUGGAUCUCUUGAAGACAAAGCUAUCCAGGCGCCUAUCACAGAGAUCCGACGCGAGGCGUUCACAGCAUGGAAGCAGCGAAGAGGAAAUUGCUCGGCGAGCAGAGCUGAAGCGGCUGAUGCACAAAAGAAUCCAGGAAGAGCUCGAAAGCGAAAAGGAGGCUGAAUCAAAACAUGAUGAUAGCUCCUUGAUAGGGCCCCGUGAUGCCCUCGAAUUCGUCAUCUACAACGAAGAGACGUCCAUAAAGCAACAAGUCCCCUCAUCCCCACAACUUGAACCCGUUCACGUGCCUUCCGGUUCAGUGGGCUCAUGGCGUUUGUCGACACAAAUACCACCAGACAACUUGGAAGAGCCGCCUGAUCCAGAAGGGGAAGGCACCACUGGGACCCAACCUCACAACAAACCAGAUUAUCCACCACCUAUUGAAGACAAAAGCAAGACUGAUUUACAGCAUCAACAUGACAGUUCUGCAGAUCAGUACUCGCCACUAGAUAUGUGGCUUUGUACACAAGAUCUCCUGCCAGAGGUUCAAUCUAGGCUGGAUGCAGGGGCUCUUCAGAUCGGAGAGGCCGCAGGGAAUGCAGGGGCUAUACGCAAUGCAGUAAUAACCUUGCACACAGAGCAUACACCAGACACAAAGCAUUCUGUAUCAUCUCACUACACAAUUGAAGAAAACAGCGAAAAUGCACCACCAAUUGCGAUAUCGGAGACGAGCUCUUACAGGACAGCUCCUAUUCAAGCUCCGACCCCCGAGGGGAUUAUCGCUGUACACGAGCCUCAGCGACCGACAUCUGCUGUGUCAGAAACUCUAAGUUUUAAAGUCAGGGAGGUAGAGCUUGAAUCGGUGGCCAAACGCUUUGUAAUGUCAAACCUGCGUCGGGACCCCAGCGGUCCGGUGGCGAGCAGGUUUCGUGAAGAAUUUGACGAACCUCUUAAAGUUACGAAACCAUCUAUACUCGCUAAGUUUCAUCUGGCAAAGCCUAAAAAGGGGAAGGUACUCGUGAAGAUUCCGGAGGCAAGCCGUCAACAUCGAAAUUGUGUCACGGACGCCCUCGAAGCAAGUCAUCUUGCAGCCGCGGGACCCAAUGCAGAUAUUGCCAGACCUCGAGCAGUCUCGGGACCAAUCAAACAGCCCAUCAUAGUUGAAAGCACCACAGGCCUGUGGAAACGAGCAGUUCGAUUGGAGGCAGACCGUCGAGAAGCCAAGCAACGGGAGAACAAAGCGUCUAGAAAGAGUCGUCACUUCUCCAGUGAUACUGGCCAUCCAAGUUCAACUCAUGGGCAUUCUAACCACAAUCAUCAGCACCAAUUGGCAGACAAUGUUUCUCGCCAUAGAAAUCAUUCCGGCUGGCAGUCUCCAAGAUCAGGACUUGCUAUCAGACCGGAUGACGCAAACAUCGGGAUUCGAGAUGAUUCUGUCGGGACGUCAAAUAGCACCCUCAAAGAAUGGCAACGACAGAUACAGUCUGAAGAAACAGCUUUUGAACGCACACCCAGCUUUGCGACACGUUUAUUCACUCCACAGAAGUCUCGCACGCCGCCUUCAUCAUGGGCCAAAUGGCCCUCGCACACUCGCGUCCAACGAACUGGAUCAGCUAAUCAACGGGACAUAGUGACUCCGAAGGACUUUGCAGUGACGGACAUAGAUGCGGGAGGGGCUACCAAGUGGUUCACAGACAACAACAGAGCGAGCCCCGUAGAUGUACGCGAACCUAAACAUGUGAGCCAGUCAUUCACGGACAAGUUUGGAAGGGCUCUCAGGUGUAGCAUUGCGAAGCUGAUGAAGCCGGGCUCUGACAUGAAAGACGAGAACCCAUCUGAGAGUCGCAAAUCGACCGGGUAUCUAGAAUACCCGGAACUAGAGCUUCUACCUUUGCAAGGUGGCUACAAGGAGAUCCAGGCAUUGGAGCAGCAGAUUGGCAAUAUCAAGCGACCCUCAGUUGUUACCGAAAGCCAGAGGUGCUGUUCGGCCCCGGCCAAAACCCCACUGAGUGUGCGACUUGCUCAAAAGGUCCAUGAAAUUCAACAUGGAGACAGGACAAACACCGCAGAGCCAGAUAUCCAGGACUUUCUGGGUACACCGCCGCCACAGCCCCCCGUUACACCCGACCAGAGACAUUCGACGCCCCAGGCCCACUCUGCGCCGACAGCACCAUUUGCUACACCCAUGUCCCACGUCUCCUACGACGACUGUGUGCAGAAGCAUCUUCUUGACGAGAACGACUCAGUCAAGAGUGACACGACUGUCAUGGUGAAACGAUCCAAAUCCAACGUAGAAAGAAGUGUACCGAGUCAGACAAAAUACAAGACGUGGAACGGUCGGGCGAAGACGCAGCCGGUCCUACUGAAGAGCACGCGUGAGUUCGGAGCGGAACUAGAUAAGAUGUUGGCCAGCGAAAAGGGGAAUGUCAUGAUUGAUGUAUCCCCUAAGGUUAAGAUAUUAACGUUACAUAUUGCCAUGGAUGCAGCAGAGAAGGCGAUUGACGGGGCCAGGGAGCUCAAGGAUGGUCUAACUAAUGGUGGGGAGAUGGUAUUGGAUCCGCAUGUGAAAGAGACAGACACAGCCGAACUUUAUAUUGGCAUGAAGGAUGCCGAGAAGGCCCUUGAUGGGGCGAGGGAGCUUGAGAUGACACUCAAGGCGGGAAUGAAGGCGGUGGACACCGCGGCUUAG